AUGGCUCCUAACUCCAUCCGCGGUACGGCUGAUGUCGACCGCAUCGAAGCCCCCGUCACCCUCAAGGCUUACCUCAUGUGUGCCUUUGCAUCGUUCGGCGGUAUCUACUUUGGUUACGAUGUCGGUUGGAUCAGUGGUGUCAUGGGCAUGAAGUAUGCCAUCCACACCUUUACUGGUCUUCCUUACGAUACUCCCGCCGAAGAUUUUGUUGUCGGUGCUAGCGACAAGGCGCUCGUCACUUCUAUCCUGUCUGCUGGAACCUUCUUUGGCGCCCUGAUUGCUGGUGACUUUGCCGAUUUCUUCGGUCGUCGCACCACCAUCAUGCUCGGUUGCUUGAUCUUCAUGGCCGGAGUCAUCAUGGAGGUCAUCUCGACCACUAUCCCCCUCAUGGCCGCCGGUCGUUUUGUUGCUGGACUGGGUGUUGGCUUCGAGUCAGCAGUUGUCAUCCUGUACAUGUCCGAAAUCUGCCCCAGAAAGGUUCGUGGCGCCCUCAUCGCCUGCUACCAAUUCUGCAUCACCAUCGGUAUCCUCCUCGCUUCGGUCGUCGUCUACGCCACUCAGAACCGCAUGGACAGUGGAUCGUACCGUAUUCCAGUGGCCGUUCAGCUCCUGUGGGCCCUCAUCCUUGGUGGUGGCAUUGCUUUCCUGCCCGAGUCGCCUCGUUACUUUGUCAAGAAAGGCGAGCACGAGAAGGCAGCCAAGGCCCUUGCAUCCGUGCGUGGUCAGCCCAUCGACUCGCAGUUUGUCACCGAGGAACUCGCUGAGAUCAUCGCCAACCACGAGUACGAAUUGUCUGUUGUUCCUCAGGGCAGCUACUUCUCAUCGUGGGCCAACUGCUUCAAGGGAUCGAUCUGGAAGGCCAACAGCAACCUCCGUCGCACCAUCCUGGGAACUUCUCUGCAGAUGAUGCAGCAGUGGACCGGUGUCAAUUUCAUUUUCUUCUUCGGUACCACCUUCUUCCAGCAGCUCGGCACCAUCUCCAACCCCUUCCUGAUCGGGCUCAUCACCACCCUCGUCAACGUUCUUUCCACUCCCAUCUCAUUCUGGACCAUCGAACGCUUCGGUCGUCGUCCCCUGCUCAUCUGGGGUGCCCUUGGCAUGCUCACCUGUCAGUUCUUGACUGCCAUUCUCGGCACCGCCAUUUCUAUCGACAACCACGCCGCCACCUCAGCCCAGAUUGCCUUCAUUUGUCUCGCCAUCUCCUUCUUCGCCUCAACCUGGGGUCCUGGCGCUUGGGUCUUAAUCGGUGAGAUCUUCCCCCUGCCCAUUCGUUCCCGCGGUGUCGGUCUGUCUACUGCCAGCAAUUGGCUGUGGAACACAAUCAUUGCCGCCAUUACUCCCUACAUGGUUGGUAAGGCCAAGGGUCAGGGCAACCUCGGCCCCAAGGUCUUCUUCGUCUGGGGUACUCUGUGCACCUGCGCUUGCAUCUACGCCUACUUCCUCGUGCCUGAGACCAAGGGUUUGUCGCUUGAGCAGGUUGACAAGAUGCUUGAGGAGGUUACUCCCCGCAACUCUGCUGGUUGGAGACCCACUACCACUUUUGCCAACGAGAUGGGCAUGACCAAACAUGGUGAGGUCACCGAGACUGAGGUCCACAUCGAUGUUGAGAAGAGAGGUUGA